AUGAGUCAAACAGACGUCGUCAUAAUCGGUGCCGGGAUGUCAGGUAUCGGUCUCGGUGUCCAACUGAUCCGAAAGUUCGGCACCAGAAACUUCGAGAUCAUCGAGAAAGACUCUGCCAUGGCCGGAACGUGGCGAGUCAAUAGUUAUCCAGGUUGUGGAUGCGACGUUCCAUCGCAUUUCUACUCAUACUCCUUCGCUCUGAACCCCAACUGGUCUCAAGCAUAUGCUAUGCAACCAGAGAUCCAAACCUAUUUCAAUAAUGUUGCUAAGAAAUACGAUAUUGAAAGACAUGUUAGGUUCAACUCAGUUGUUGAAUCUGCGCAUUGGGACGAGUCUACUGGAAUUUGGGAAACCACUAUUCGAGAUGUCAAAACGUCGGAAGUAAUGACUCGUCGUUCCAAGGUUCUGAUCUCAGCUGUCGGUGCCCUUUCCAUUCCCAAAGAAUGCGAUGUUUCUGGCGCUUCAGACUUUGAAGGACGAAUAUUUCAUACUGCCAAAUGGGAUCAUUCCUUCGAUUGGAAAGACAAGGAGUCGCUGAUUGAAAUAGGAAACGGUUGCAGCGCAACUCAAGUCCUCCCUGUCAUAAGCUCGGGAGACGGCGCCGUCAAGAAAGCAACCCAGUUCGCGAGACAAGCGCACUGGCUAGCAGAACGUUCCAAUCCAACCUACUCGGCCACUUUCAAAUGGGUCAUGAGAUGGAUCCCCUUUGCAAUGCGCUUAUACCGUGCAUGGCUAUACUACCUGAAAGAGCGAGACUUUGCCGGCUUCAAAGUUGCUGAAGGUCUUCGAAUCAGGAAUCAAUGGGCGAAAGAUACUACUGACUAUAUCCGAAAGGCUGCACCGGAUAAGUAUCUAGACUUUCUGGUCCCAAAGACUGAGGUCGGCUGCAAGCGAAGGGUCAAUGACACUGAUUACCUUGCCUGUUUAUAUCAGGAUAAUGUUGAGCUUGUAUAUAACGAUCCGAUCCAAAAAAUUGAAGCAAAAGGCGUACGGACAUUUUCCGGAAGGUUGGUAACAGCCGAUGCUAUUGUUCUCGCGCAUGGAUUUGAGACCCAGAAACCACUAUUUCCCAUGAAGAUAUACGGAAAGGAUAGGGUCAGUAUCAACGAGCAUUGGAAUCAAGUCAGCGAAGGUGCAGCGUCAUCAUACUUCGGAACAUGCCUUUCGGAAUUCCCCAAUUUCUUCACCAUGAUGGGCCCAAACACUCUAAGUGGUCAUCUAUCAGUCAUCUACACUACAGAAUGCCAGAUCAACUACACAAUGAGAGUUCUCAGACCAAUUCUAACAGGAAAGGCAGACAUCGUUGAGGUUACUCCCGAGGCUGAGAGGAAGGAUAUAGACAUAGUUCAAGAGAAGGCUAAACGCCUUGUUUGGGCGACAGGUUGCACAUCUUGGUUCAUUGACGGGAAGACAAAGAGGAACACAAUCAUGUUCCCGGACUGGCAGUUCAAGUUCUGGUUGCGAAGUGUAUUCGUGGCAUGGAGUGAUUUGGAGUAUCGAAGUGUCAGCACUAACAAUCCCAUAAAGACGUCACGAGUCACUUUGCCGCUUCUUGCCGUGGCGGGUCUAAUCAUAGGGUUGAGAGACGAUGUUCAAAGAGAGGCUUCACCGACAGAGACAUAUUCGAGAAAGUAA